AUGUCCUUUCUCAAUGACACUGUAUCCCAUCCUUCCUCCCUCUUGCUGCUGGGCAUUCCUGGGCUAGAAGCCAUGCACAUCUGGAUUGGCUUCCCUUUCUGUGCUUUGUAUCUGGUUGCAGUAUUGGGUAAUAUCACCAUCCUGUUUGUGAUCAAGACUGAGCAGAGUCUGCACCAGGCCAUGUUCUACUUAUUGGCUAUGUUGUCUGUGGUUGAUCUGGGCUUAUCUACAGCCACAAUACCCAAAAUGCUUGGUAUCUUCUGGCUCCAUUUAAGGGACAUAAGCUUUAAGGGCUGUGUUACUCAGAUGUUCUUUAUCCACAUGUUUACAGGAAUGGAGACAUAUAUCCUUGUGGCCAUGGCUUUUGAUCGUUAUGUUGCCAUUUGCAACCCGCUCCGGUAUAGCACCAUCCUCACCAAUAAAACCAUUGGCAUCAUUGCAUGGAUGGCAGUAGUAAAAAAUUUUGUUUUGGUUGUUCCAUUGGUGUUUCUGAUUUUUAGGCUUUCUUUUUGUGAACACCAGUAUGUCAUUCCCCAUACUUACUGUGAACACAUGGGAAUUGCCCGACUGGCCUGUGUUAACAUCAGGGUAAAUGUGAUUUUUGGAUUGUUUCUUAUUUGUAUGAUGCUUUUGGAUGUGGUUCUAAUUGCUGUUUCCUAUGUGAAGAUUCUUCAUGCUGUCUUUAGGCUCCCCUCCCGAGAAGCUCGACUGAAAGCUCUCAACACCUGUGGCUCCCAUGUAAGUGUCAUCUUAGCCUUCUUCACUCCAGCAUUUUUCUCUUUCAUGACUCAUCGCUUUGGACACAAUGUCCCUCAUUAUAUCCACAUCCUCCUUGCCAAUUUGUAUGUGAUCAUACCACCUGCACUCAAUCCUAUUAUCUAUGGAGUCAGGACUAAGCAGAUCCGGGAGAGGCUGAAGAAAAUAAUUCUUUAA